AUGGAGAAACUUGCCUUUGCAUUAGUUACAGCAGCUCGCAAGCUCAAACCGUACUUUCAAGCCCAUACGGUGAACUUCCUGACCGACAAGAGCAAUCCUGAGGCUGCGGGUCGAUUGGCGUUAUGGGCUAUAGAGUUGAGCGAAUUUGAUAUCCAAUACCGCCCACAAACCGCCAUCAAAGGACAGAUCCUUUCUCCACUAAUAGAUUCCAACAACGUACAGGAAAUAGGCUCUGACAGUAGCUGGACCGCGCCGUUAAUUUCAAACUUGAAAAACGGGGUCUUACCAGAUGGAAAAGAGGCUGCAAGAAAGCUGAAGGUCCAGGCGGCAAGGUUCGUCUUAAUAAAAGACGUCCUGUACAAAAGAGGCUUCUCCCAUCCAUAUCUGAGAUGCUUGGGUACGGAAGAAGCAGACUACGUCAUGAGGGAAGUACAUGAAGGAAUCUGCGGAAACCAUUCAGGGUCAAGAUCAUUGGUGCACAAGCUUGUGCGAGCAGGGUACUAUUGGCCCAUGUAG